AUGCAAAGUCGAACAAGUUAAUCAGUUAAAUAGAUUGAUGCCGACCAACCAAUUCAGAAUACAUCUGAAGAUGGGAAAUUACUUAAAUCUGUUAGAAAGUUCUAAUAAAUAUCAUAAUUACUUACAGUAAAUGCACCUACUAGAACUCUUCCAGCUUACUAGUUAGAUUCUGCUCCUUUAAAAGAAUAUAAUCCUUAAAAAUAAUUGUCAAAAUAGAUUACAUUUGAUGAAGUCAAUGAUGAAGAAUUACAAAGAUAUAAAGCAGAAUGGCAUUGGGACGUAUUCUUUGAAUUUCUAUUUUAUCACAUACUAUUUUUUAUAUUCUUAGGACCUUUUGUUGUUUUAGUUCUAUUUAAAUAUCCAGGAAUAAUCUUAUUAAAAAAUAUGAGGUUUUUUAAACACUCCUCUGCAUUUUAUAUGCAAACUUUUUUAUGGAUAGGAUCUGCCUUAGGUGGUUUAAUGUAUUUCAUAUAAGAUAAAAGUGUUAUUACAUUGACAGAAAUUAUUUUCAUGUGGUUCGCUAUAUCCACUCGUUCAGUGGUCAUUGCAGCAAAAUAUGCUACUUUGAGUACUGCUAGAAUAAAAUUAUAUAAAACUGAAGAACUUCCUGAAGAAAUGUUUAGCUUUGAUCUAAUGUUUCAGGACUGGUUUGAACAAUCAUCUAAAGUGCUAUUUUUAGAACAAUAUAGAGCUUUAAGAAGACAUGAAUAGGAAUGCUCUUUAUAUAAAUUUGACUUUUUAUUAAAUCCAAAUCAAAUUACAUCUGAAGCCAUUAAAACCACUAAUGUAUGUUUUUAUAUUGAAUGGGCAAUGAAAUAAUAAAUGAAAUAAACUGAUCCUAUCAUUGAAAAUAGAUAUUAUAACGGUUUUCACGUUUUUGGUUAUUUAGUUACCUGUUAUCAAAAGAAAAAUCCUUAAUCUUCAUUAUUUAAAUAUAUGCUUAUAUUAUCUUUUUUUUAUAGCAUUUCUCCAACAUUCAUCAGAUUGUAACAUUUUAUGGAAAAUAUACCAGAUUGGCAAGAUAUAAUAAGAUUAAUAAUUAACUUUUUUACAUCAAUGCAGGCCUUUUUUGGUUCUGUAAUUUUUUUAGCUAUAGGAAUCUAUGAUUUUAGAAGAAAGUUCUUUUUACUUGAUCAAUGUCUCUAUAUGCUUUCAGCAAAAAAGGUAUCUUAUCCAACUGCUAAAAAACUGAUCCCUACAAUCAACUUUAAUAAUCCAUAAACUUUAUAAGCAUGGUCUAUUAUUAGAUCUUUAUCAUUUGAUUAUGGAUAAACAUAUAAUCUAAGAGUGUAAGGAUUUUAUUCGUUGAUUUUUGUAGCAAAUAUAAUCUUUAUAUUCCUGUCUUUAGGUUUAAUUUUAGAUCUAAUUCAUAUUGAUAUGUUUUAAUUAAUAUUGUUAGGUGAAAUGGCUUUAGUCUUAAUUGGAUUUACUUUAUAUUACUUGUAUUUAGGUGCUUCACUUAAUGAAUAUUUUGAUAGUUUCGAAACAUUGUUGGAUGAUGUAAAAUCAAUCUAUUUAGAUAUUUAAAGAAUGAGAGAAUAAUAUUUUUAAAAUAAUAUAUAACCAAUAAAUGAUGUACAUAAAAUUUUUUUUAGCAUCAUAAGAGAUUAGGUUGGAUUUGAUUUAGAUACUGUAAAAGUUUACAUAGAAUAGAUCGUAGAAGAAUUAGAUAACAAUAAAAGAUAAAUUGAUUAUGAUAGACGAAAUAAUCCAUUUAAAUUAUAUGGUGUUAUAAUUACUUUUAAUUUGUUAAAAAGUGCUGGAGUUGGACUUUCAACUGUAUUUAGUUAUGCAAUUUAACAAAGAUUAUAGAAAGUAAAAUGA